UCAUUUUACUAUAUAGUCUCUCUACCUCACUAGAAGCACCCUUGCUUCUUCCCUUUCAUUUCUCUCUUUUCCUCUCUCUACCAUUUCUCUCUUUCUCUCCCCCCCCUCCCUCCCCCUUUAACCAUGGAAAGCUAGAGUUUAAUUUUUGAGUUUCCUAGAAGAAUAAUAACCAGCUCAUAAAGCUCCUAACCCCAGUGCUUCUACUUCGUUCUUGGAAGAAUGUCAUUAAUGUCAGAAGCAGAUAAAGAAAGAUUAUGCCAGUGCAGUAACACUUUUUACAAUAGCCUACAAAAGCUUAAUACUUCCAUAAAUACCUUCAUUGGAUUACUCACCAACUGUGGCUGCCCAGUACCUUGUAUCAGUGUCAAUGAAUGUGGAACCAUUAAGGAUUACUUUGAAUCCGUAGCAUGUUACUUGAAGAAGGUCCAGUGUGACAUAGAAUCAAAAGACAGAGCCAGAUGUUGUGAUCCUUGUAGGAGUGAUCCAUGUCAAUUUGCCAAGAUGACAACAGCCGUGUCUUCUGUGGAAACUCCCUGUUCAAAAAGUACUAAAAUGUUAUGUGAGUCAACUAAAAUUGCUGACUGCAACCCCUGCAGUCCCUGCAACCCCUGCAACCCCUGCAGUCCCUGCAACCCCUGCAACCCCUGCAGCCCCUGCAAUCCCUGCAAUCCUUGCAACCCCUGCAAUCCCUGCAACCCCUGCAACCCUUGCAACCCUUGCAACCCUUGCAGCCCCUGCGGCCCCUGUGGUCCCUGUGUUCCCUGCGGCCCCUGUGGCCCACUUGUUUGUAUGCUGAAAAAUGUCAACUUUUUUGAGAGUAUGGAAACUGCUCUUUGUCAGCUGAUGAAGUCCUCAGUCAUGGAACUCCGACUAACAGAUCUCCGUAAAACUACCUGUGAAGCAGGACCUGCCCGAGCAAUUUGUUGUUCACCUUGUCCACCACCUUGUCCACCACCUUGUCCACCGUCACCUAUGGACAUUCUAGAAAAAUUGAGCAAGCUGAUAGAAUGUCCACCUCCCUGCCCACCCCCAUGUCCACCCCCUUGUCCACCCCCCUGCCUACCCUCUUGUCUACCCCCUUGUUUACCUGCCUGCAUACCAUCCUGUCUAUCCCCUUGUCUACCUCCUUGUCUGCCUCCUUGUCUAUCCCCCUGUCCACCCCCCUGUCCUCCCUGCCCACCCCCCUGCCCCUGUCCACCGUUGUCACUUGCUGAUCAUCUCCAAGAUAUUUGCAAGACUAUGGAGCCUGUUGCAAUGUUAAUGCAACAAGUCAUUAAGAAUAUGGAAGCCAAUCUGGACGCACUGAAAUUAUGCUAGUAGCUCCACAAUUAGUUAGUAGUGGAACUGCAGAGGAGAGAUGUUUUGUUUACUAGAAGAGCAAUUCUAAUCCCACUCAUGAUUCCUCACCGUUAAGAAGCUAGGAAGCUCAUAUAUCUGUUAGAAACGAGGCACUGAGGAGCUUUAAUUUCGGGAGCAAUAGGCCUAUGAUUUAAUUUGAAGUACAAGUCUAGGGAACUAUCAAACAGCAAGUCAUUUACUUCUCUUCUUGCUUGUUUAAAACUCAAAAUAAAUUUCCUUUGGUGUGGCAUCUGCUUAACAAAAUAAAAAAAAAUUCAAAAGACCAAA